UUUUUAAACACCACCCAAGAUUGCAUUCCUCGCCUAGCGAUUCGCAAGCUGAUCAAUCAUUUCUUAGUUGUCGGAGGAGGAAUUUUAAGAAUUAAAAAAUACAGGGUCAAACAGUCGGCUUCAAGUUGUCUCUCAACUUGCCCGCCACUUAUAUCAUUCCGCAUUCCACUCCCCUUGAGUCGCGUCCAGCACUGGACGAAACCUGAACAAUAUGCGACCAAGCCAGGCCCAACUUGGGCUUCUCCCGUUACUAUUCACUCUCGUCGCCGCUCACCCAUAUCCUCGCGACGAUGGCCAAGAUAACGGCUUCGGAUAUCUUAUGCCCCGCGCUUGUGCGUCAUACUGUGGCGCCGACAACCAGUUCUGCUGCUCCAGUGGAGAAGCCUGCACCACCUCAGCUGGCGUAGCGAGCUGUGUUGCGAGCGCCGGCGGCGAUGUCAAUUUCUUUACUACCACGUGGACCGAGACGAAAACAUAUACUAGCACCUUCAGCUCUCUUCUGAGUGCUACAACCCCAGCAUCAGGAGGAACCAACGGAGAACCGUGCGUUCCACCAGCAGGCUCUGGCCAGAUUGCCUGCGGCACUAUCUGCUGUGCGAAUUGGCAAUACUGCGCCCAUGAAGGUCAAUGUAUGCCGAAUGCUGGUGCUGGCUCGUGGACUCAAUGGACCACGGUUGGCGUCGUGACCACUCAGUAUUCAGCUCCUUACAGAGUCACCAGCGGCAGCACUAUCGUACAAACCUCAGCACCCACUACCACCACCGGCACUGCAGCUAGCGAAACUACCACAAGCACCGCUGCCCCAGCUCCUGUCGCAUCUACUAGCGGUUCGCUUAGUGGAGGCGCAAUUGCAGGCAUUGUUGUCGGCACGAUCGCUGGAGUGGCAUUGUUGCUACUGCUGUGUUUCUGCUGCAUUGUCAGAGGCCUCUGGGAUGCUUUUGCUGGUAUCUUUGGAUCUGGAAGACGAAACCGAGAUGCGGAACGAGUCGAAAUUAUCGAAGAGCGAUACUCGAGACGCGGAAGCAGACAUGGUAGCGCCUACGGUGCUAGUGCUGCCGCUGCUGCUCGACCGUCUCAUCGAACGUGGUUUGGAGGCGGUGGAGGCCGACCUACAUCUGCUGCUAGUCGAAACGAGAAGCAUUCAAGUUCCGGCGGCGCUGGCUGGUUAGCCGCCACUCUGGGUGGUGCAGCUCUUCUCCUCGGUCUGAGGAGAGACGAGAGGCGCAGAGCUGCCAGUCGCAGACCAGUCAGAACCGACAUCGGCAGUUCGCACAUCUCCGACUACUCCUCCUCCACAAACAACAGCCCAAGUAGGUUUAUCACCAGAAAAUGAAGUAUAGAAAGGAGCGUUUACUGACCAAUUUUCUUUCCACAGGUAGCGCAAGCUCGGACAGGAGAACGCACAAUACCAGACGUUCGAGACGUUCAAGAGCGACGAGAGUUUCGAGGUCGAGAGUAUCGCGACCCUCGAGAUAGAAGCCGAAUUUUCAACCUCAACCCCAAUAAUUCUCCACCUGUUAUUUCCAACAUUCCCCGAAAUUGAAGUUUAUACCCCUUCUCCC